AUGUCUGACAAUGUUGAUCUUAUAACCGAUACCGACGAAUUCUGCAGAAAACUCAGACUUCGUGAAUUCUUUGGGAACACUAAUCAUGAAGAUGGAUCCCUUGUACGGAAUAAAAAGGGAACAUACACCAUCUAUGCACCCACAAAUGCUGCAUUUGAUGCACUUGGAACUGAACAAGAACUUCUUUUUGAUAAAACUGUUCUUACCACUAUAUUGCUGUAUCUACUGACAAAUGGAGUUAUAAGGAGAUCAGAUGCGCAGAUUGAGCUAACAGUAGAAUCGGUUGCAGGACUGAAAGUCAGAUUUAAUAUUUACUAUAACAAAGUAAUUACAGUUGAAGGUUCCAAAAUUUCAAAGUUUGGACUGAAUGCUUCAAAUGGGAUCGUCCAUGUCAUUGACAAAGUAAUGAUACCACCUACCGGAGGAAUAAUCAAUCUCAUAUCAGGGAACAAAGAUCUAAGCACAUUUUUGGCAUUAUUCAAGAGAGCAAAUAUUACAGGAAUUAUUCAAAGUGAUCCUUUAACAGUAUUUUCACCAACAAAUGCUGCACUUGACAGAUUAUCUCCAAGAAUUUUAAGCCAAAUACAUGAUGAUACAACUAAACUUAAAGAGCUUUUAGAAUAUUAUUUAGUACCACACACAGAAUAUUCACUUGGUUUAUAUAACAGAGAACAUCUCAGAACGUUGGAUAAAAAGAGUGAAACCAUUAGGCUAAGUGUGUCAGAAAGUACAGGAGUGUCAAUAAACUCAUAUGCGCACGUUAUAAAACCUGAUAUUACAGCUACAAAUGGUGUUGUACAUGUGAUUGAUCAUGUACUUGUUCCAAAACGAAUUUUGUAUGGCUUUGGAAAAUAA